CCCUCAGAACACUCAUUUCCUUACCGCACUGCCCCGCACAUCAUCACUCUAACGAGCGUUAUUUUGCCGUGCAGGAGCGACGUUAAACCGUUUGCGUACCCGUAUCGCCCAGAAGGUCCGGGACCCCUAUCCUGCGCAACCAUGCUCACGGGGGCCAUGGCGAGGUUGAUAAAAACAGCCUCGUUCCCCGCUCGCGGGCUUGUCUCUUCUUUUGCUACGCAAGUCCUUCGUACGCAUCAAUAGCCUUGUGAUCAAGUUCUUUGGCCUUUGCGCCCCGUCGUUCAUUCAAUCUUUCAUAUCGCUUCACUCGUUCAGCGGUAGUAAAUACAAAAAAACCAAGCCCUAGCCACAAGAGUCUACGACAAUGAAGGCUUCAAUCGUUGCUGCUUCGGCGGCCCUCGUCGGAUCCGUUGCUGCUGCUCAGCACAAUGGUCAUGCUGGAUUCCACGUGCGUCGUGGUGCAUAUGCGGAGACGGAGGACGUCUGCACGGUUUACACGACCGUGUAUGUGACUGCAUUGCCUCCCAUGGCUGCCAACUCGACCGUCUACGAGCCAUCUCAAGUCCCCCAGACCUCGUCGUCUUGCACUGAGGAGGAGACAACGUCCGUCUACACUCCCCCGACAGUGUACUCGACUGCUCAGUCACCUCCUGCUGCUCCCCAGAGUUCAUCUUCCAGCCCUGCGGACACGACAUCAGCCUACACCACUCCGGCUGUGUACUCGACUGUUCCUCAGACUUCUUCCUCUAGCAUCGAGGAGACGUCAUCAGUCUUUACUCCAGUGGUGUACUCGACUAUUCCCUCCGCUCCUCCUGCUCCUCAGACCUCCACCACUCCCGAGGCCGAGACAUCAGUCUACACUCCCCCCGCAGUGUACUCGACCGCUCAAUCGCCUCCCCCUGCUGCCGAGACUUCCUCCACCUGCACUGAGGAGGAGACGUCGUCAGUUCUCACCCCUCCAGCAGUGUACUCGACCACCCAGUCGCCUCCUGCUCUUGAGACUUCGUCGACCACCCCUGAGGCCGAGACAUCAAUCUAUACUCCCCCGGCUGUGUAUUCGAGUGUCCAGUCACCCCCUGCUCCUGAAACCUCCUCCACCUGCACUGAGGAGACAUCGUCAGUCUACACACCUCCUGUGGUGUACUCGACCAACGUGCCCGCGACCUCGAGCCAGGGCUACUCCCCUGCACCUGUACCGGAGUCUUCCAAGGUUGUCUACUCUUCCGUGCCUGUCGUAGCGUCAAGCUCUGCUCCUAAGCCUACUACGCCUGCCUACACUCCUGUCCCGGAGUCUUCCAAGAUGGUCUACCCAUCAGUGCCCGUUGUCGAGUCGUCUAAGCCCGUUUCCAAGUCUACCACCCCGGCAUACACUCCUCAGCCAUCCUCGAGCAAGGCUAUCGCCACUCCCAGCUCCUCCAAGACAUCGGAGACGUCCAAGCCCACUGGCAGCUACAGCGAAGGCGGCCGCAUCGUGACCAACGGCGACAAAUGGGCGAUGACCUACACACCGUACGCGGCUGAUGGUAACUGCAAGACCGCAGACGAGGUCAAGAGCGACAUCAAGGUCAUUGCCGAUCUUGGUUUCACCACUAUCCGCUCCUACAGCACCGACUGUGGCGUCUUCGAGAACGUCGUUCCCGAGUGCGAGAAGUACGGCCUGAAGGUCAUCUACGGUGUCUUCCUCGAUGCUGGAGGUAAGGGCGGCAAGGGCUGCUUCUCCGACUACGCCAACAAGCAAGUCACGGACAUUGUGGAGAACGCGCCCAAGGCAGGCGUGGCCAUGGUCAUUGUCGGAAACGAGUGCAUGUUCAAAGGCAACUGCCAGCCUGCGGAGCUCGCCUCGUACAUCGACUACGUCCGCGAGCAGCUCACGGGCGCUGGUUUCCCCACAGACAUCGCCAUCACUACCACCGAGCCCGUCAACAUCUGGCAGGAGAUGGGCGCCGCGCUUUGCGAUCACAUCGACGUCUUCGCCUGCCAGGUCCACCCCUACUUCACGGCAACCAUCUCUGCCGACAUGGCUGGUGACUUUGCCGCCUCGCAGCUCGAGCUGGCCGCCAAGGUGUGCCCCGACGCCGCUAAGAAGGGCAAGUACAUCUCCGAGAUUGGAUGGCCAAGCGCCGGUCUCAGCAACGGCCUGGCCAUUGCCGGUGUCGACCAGCAGAAGGUAGCCAUGAAGAAGAUUAUGGAGAAGGUUGGCUCUGAGGCUACCAUCUUCUCCUUCAACGACGACCCGUGGAAGGUCCCCGGUGAUCUUGGUGUGGAGCAGCACUUUGGCUGUGCUGAUGUCUUGGCUUAAGCAGUUGCAUGGGGAGGUAGAGAGAGUAAUUGAACGAUUGAGCUCUUGUGUUGGAUGAAAGCUUCUAGAUGGUCCGCCUCUGUACGAUCAAUACCGUAGCGCGUCUGUAGUCGUCUGUCGCUGCGUUGCUUGUUAGCGUUUCUAUAUGUCCAUCUAUCCAUGUCUAUAGCGCCGGCUCUCGGU